UGAAGGUGAAAGGAAGAGAAGGUGGAGAUGGAACUGCCAAAUCAUGCCAAACAACUGCUACUGCAGCUGAACCAGCAACGAGCCAAAGGUUUCCUCUGUGAUGUGAUCAUUGUGGUAGAAAAUGCCCUGUUUCGUGCCCAUAAGAACAUCCUGGCAGCCAGCAGCAUGUACUUCAAAUCCCUUGUCCUGCAUGACAACCUGAUUAACUUAGACACGGACAUGGUGAACCCCACUGUGUUCCGUCAGAUCUUGGACUUUAUUUAUACUGGUAAGCUCUUAACGACUGACCAGCCCGGUGAACAGAACUUUAAUGCUCUCCUCACCGCAGCAAGCUACCUCCAACUGCACGACCUGGCAGCUCUCUGCAGAAAGAAGCUGAAGCGGAACGGCAAGUCCUUUGCUGGCAAGGCCGGUGGCCUUGGUGUUGGGAGAUCUGCCAGGAGUCAGAGACUUUCCACUGCUUCGGUCAUCCAAGCUCGCUAUUCAGGGUCAAAUGAGGGGUUGAAGGGCUCGCACUCAAAGGAGCUGUCAAAGGGAAAGCUCUCCGAUGAUGAGGUCUUCAUCAGCAGCUCCAACCAAGAGAACUGUCACUCCUUAAAUAUUAAAGGGGGAGCCAGUAAGAAUGGCGGGGGGGGCAGCAGUGCAAAUGGGAGCACUGGUGACCAGGAGCUAGGCCUUGACCUGUCCAAAAAAAGCCCAUCGCUCCCUGUUGCAGCCUCCCACGAUGACACGCAGCACAGCGAAAGCCAGCACGGCUCUCCCCAAUCUGCCUCAGCCCCUGCAGCCAACAGUGCCUCAUCGUUCGACGAGUCUGGAGUCGGAGCUCCUCACAGCAUGGCAGACAGCAGCGACCCCAUGGAGAUGGACCUGAGCGAAGAGUGCCACCACUCAUUGACAGAGAGCAGCCAGCGCAAGGGCCUCCGGCACUCGUCCCGCAAGAAGGAGUGGAUCAAGAAAGACAACGCCUUUGACCGAAAGGAGGGGGGCAAAGACAGGGAUGAGGGUGAAGGGCUGCCCAAUGGUAUCCUGCUGGGGCCCUUGUCCAAGUCCGUGGAGCGGAGUCUGGCUGGGGCCUACGGUGCAGACCUACCCUACCCGUGUAAGGAGGAGGUGGAAAAUGGUAAGGAGAACAGUGACGACAGCGGCCAGAGCGAGAGCGAGAGCGGCGGGCAUACUAGUGCCAACUACGUCUACCGGCAGGAGGGGUUUGAGCCAGUGGCCUAUGGUGACAACCUGUAUGUCUGCAUCCCCUGUGGCAAAGGCUUCCCCAGCUCCGAGCAGCUCAAUGCCCAUGUGGAGACGCACACUGAGGAAGACCUUUACAUCAAGGAGGAAGGCACGUACGGCGGCAAGGAUGAAGCCGAGGAUUUGUCCAACCCCAACCAGUCCUACGCCGCGGAAUCCCGACCCUUCAAGUGUUCAGUGUGUGAGAAGAGCUACAAGGAUCCAGCCACGCUGCGGCAGCAUGAGAAGACUCACUGGCUGACGCGGCCCUUCCCUUGCAACAUCUGCGGCAAGAUGUUCACGCAGCGGGGCACCAUGACACGGCACAUGCGCAGCCACUUAGGGCUCAAGCCCUUUGCUUGCGAGGAAUGCGGGAUGCGCUUUACCCGGCAGUACCGACUGACAGAGCAUAUGCGUGUCCACUCAGGAGAAAAACCUUACGAAUGUCAACUGUGUGGUGGGAAAUUCACCCAGCAGCGCAAUCUGAUCAGCCACCUGCGAAUGCAUACCUCUCCCACAUAAGCCAAAGACUCCAGAAUGAGCUUCGAGCCCAUCCGCAGUGAUUCACCUUUCUGUAGACUUGCUGCUUAAAAAAAAA